AUGAUCCAACACAUUUUCUCCAACAAAAGCGAAGGCUACGAGUUUGUCAAGGCUCAAGAUGAGUUUGCCAACGAAGGCACAAGUCGGGCAUUGAGGUCUCCCUAUUGCGAGCUUCUAGGCUGGGACGUCGAAAUGUACUGCAGCACCUUGGUCAAUCGAAUUAACAAGCCUUUGUCGGGCGUGGUCGAUGUCAAGGGCAACGGAGAAAUUUCCAAUAUCAACGCCGCUGGCAUUUAUCUUGGCUGCGAUUUGCAGAGUGGAAUUACCCGCCAUGUCGAUCUAGAAGGCCGCAUCUUUGUGACGGGCCGAAAUCAGACGGGCAACACAAUGACUGUGGACGUCCUUUGGGGCAUUCUCAACUUUAUCUGGGAUGCCAUGACGCUCUAUGCAAGUCGGGCGGAUGGCACUGGCGAUACGGAAACCUUGUUGAAGUGGUGUAAAGACUACCAUCAAGGAAUCUGGCAGCCCCGAGGAGCUAAUGAUUCCAACGUUGACGUCUAUUGUGUCAUUGCCGAGAAUUGCCGGGCUGAAGAGUCUACCAUUGAUCAUACGAUCUCUCAUGGCGGCGGCUAG